AUGUACCGGGAAACAUUGGCGCUUAAUGAAGAGGUAUUGGGCCCAGAAAACCCGUCGACGCUUGCCAGCAUGAACAACCUGGCAUCGGUGCUUAAUAAGCGGGGGAAAUACGAGGAGGCAGAGCGGAUGCACAGGAAAACAUUGGGGCUUACGGAAAAGGUGCUGGGCCCAAAAAACCCAGACACAUUUACCAGCAUGAACAACUUGGCAUCGGUGCUCGACAGUCAGGGGAAAUACGAGGAGGCAGAGCAUAUACAUUGGACAACAUUUGCUCUUAGUAAAAUGGUGCUAGGUCAAGAAAAUCCGAGCAUAUUUAACGUUAUGAACAACCUGGCCCUAAUGCUCGAUAGGCAGGGGAAAUACGAAGAGGCAGAGGAGAUGUGCCGGACAAUAUUAAAGCUUAGUGAAAAGGUGCUGGGUCAAGAAAAUCCGGACACAUUUAUCAGUAUUAAUAACCUAGCCCUAAUGCUCUAUAAGCAGGGAAAAUACGAGGAGGCAGAGCAGAUGCUUCGGACAACGCUGGCGCUUAGAGAAAAGGUGCUGGGCCUAGAAAACCCGGACACGCUUAGUAGUAUCAAAAACCUGGUACUGUUACUUCAUAGCCAAGGGAAAUACGAGGAGGCAGAGGAAAUGCACCAGAAAAUAUUGGCGCUUAUUGUGAUGGUGAGGCAAAAAACAAAGGCUUUGCUAGCUUCUACGGGUCGAUCUUGUUCCUGA